GCGCGGCCCGAGGAUUCCCGAGCGUCACCCGAGGGUUCCCGAGCGCUGCCGAUCCCCGCCGACGGGCUGAGGGUAGCCGGGCCGGAGCGGCGCUGGGCGGCGAGUGGGGCCUGUGCGGGCGGUGUGCACCAGGGCUGUCCAAGCCAUGAUCGAGGUGUUGGCCAAGCUGGGCCGUGGGCCUGUGUUCCUGGCAGGGGAGGUGCUGGAGUGUGUGAUCACUUUCACCAACCCAUUGUCGGCCUCUUCGACCUCCGCCAGCAGGGAUGAAGCUGAGGUAAAUUCUUCUGGUCUUCUGCCCCCAGGAAGGAGGCAAGGAAAGAAGUAUGCAGUUAGAGAUUCUCUGCCCCUCAGUGAGAUGCUGGCAUGGGCCAGCGCCCAGAUCCACUGCCAGUUCCACGCCAGCGAGAACCGGGUGGCACUCCCUCCCUCGGAUGGCAGCAAGCAUGACGUGCAGGCAGAGAACGAGACCGUCUUCGUCCCCAACAGAGGAGAGCGGGGUCAGUGUAUCCUGUCCACCCCACCAAAGAUUCUCUUCUGUGACUUGCGACUGGAUCCUGGAGAGUCAAAGUCCUAUUCGUACUGUGAGACGCUGCCUGUGGACGGCCCUCCCUCUUUCCGGGGACAGUCUGUGAAGUACGUGUACAAGCUGACCAUCGGCUGCCAGCGCGUCAACUCCCCCAUCAAGCUCCUGCGCGUGCCCUUCCGUGUCCUCGUGCUGCACGGGCUCAAGGAUUACCAGUUCCCACAGGAUGAGGCUGUUGCGCCCUCAAACCCCUUCCUGGAAGAGGAGGAGAGCUUGAAGAAAGACUCUCGCCUGGCCGACCUGGCUACAGAACUGCUCAUGGUGGCCACCUCCCGACGCAGCCUGCACCUGUAUAACAUCAGCAACACUCGUGGGAAGGUGGGAACGUUCUGCAUCUUUAAGACCGUUUAUAAGAUCGGAGAGGAUGUCAUUGGGACCUUCAACUUCUCUGAAGGGGACAUCCCAUGUCUGCAGUUCUCGGUGAGCCUGCAGACGGAGGAGAGCAUCCAGGAGGAGUUCCAGCGCCGUCGGGGGCAGCCUGUCUCCUUCACCACGCACGCCCGCCAUCAGGAGUCCUGCCUGCACACAGCCCAGAGCAGCUUCAGCCUGCCCAUCCCGCUCAGCUCAACCCCGGGAUUCACCACCAACAUCGUGUCCCUGAAGUGGAGGCUGCACUUCGAAUUUGUGACCUCUGGGGAGUCAGCGGGGACUUGCUUGGUUCGUGGGAGCCAGUCAGAGGCUGUUACCUGGACUGGGGUAGAGCAGAUGGAAGUGGACACUUUCAGCUGGGACUUGCCCAUCAAAGUUCUUCCCACCAAUCCCAUCCUGGCUUCCUACGUAUCUCAGUUCUCCAGCACUAACUCCAUCACCAUCUGAAGUAGGGAGAGCUGGUGGGCCUGCAGUGCUGCAAGUGUGUGCCACUGGUGGGAAUAGCAGGCAGGACUGUCACCAGCAUGCUGUGGGGCGUGCAUCCCUGUGUCCCCUUGCCUUCAGCUGUGAUGCCCAGGUGGGCACCAGGCAAGUCUGUCCCGUCUGUGGGUGGAGGAUCACUGUGCUUGUUGCAGAGUCCUGUGCUGCAGCCCUCGGCUGAGAGCUGGACCCUUCCUGCCUGGGUGAAGAUGCGAGUCCCAGCACUCACCAAAACAAAAUCUGCCUCCCAGGGAACUGCUGACAUGCCUUUACCCCAUGUGGGGCUUCCAAGAGGGAAAGGCUCAGCCCUGAGAAGGGAGAGGGAAGGUUUUACAGUGAAGCUUCGUACCACCCUUGGGUGAAAGCCAUUCCCCUACAGAGAGACCUUACAAGCAAAGGUCUGGCAUCCAGGUGAGGCGCACUGGCCACCUGGGCUGGAUGAGAGCCCACUCCCCUGUCCUGGCAGGCAUCCUGCCUCUCAGAGAGGUGUCCCACACGCACAGUCCAGUGCCAUCCUCACCUGGAGGAGGCAGGUCCUGGCACGCCAGCCCUGCGCUGCCCACGGGUGCUGGUGACCUGGGUGCAACCCCUGCUGCGGCUGCACAAUAGUGAGCAGCACUGAGCCCCUGGGCUCUUGUCUGCCUGCAUUCCUGGGUGUAAAGGCAUCCUGCUGGUCUCAGGAUCCUUGGGGAGCUGUAGGAAAUGCAGGCUGUGCAUCCAGGAGCUGGGAUGGAGAUCUCCCUGCUCAACAGCAAGCUCCCCAUUUCUACCAAACCUUCCAAUGAACUUUCCUCUUUGCAUGGAAAUAAUAAACAUCUGAAUGUGCAAAA